AUGAAUCCCACUUAUGACUUACUAGGAAUGAUAGCACAUGUGGAAUAGUAAAUAGCAUUGUUAUUAAAGGUUAAAUCUAAAGAAUAAUAACAAGUUCCAAAUUAAAAUAUUGAAGAUUAACCAUUGAUUGUGAGCGUAGAAGAAAGGUACGAAAGGAAUUCUUCUUGCUCUUCACAAAAAACUCUCUCUGAUAAUACUUCAUAAGUAUUGCUAAAUCAAUUGCAAUCCAAUUUUGAAGUUAUUAAAAGAGGAAUCAAUGAAUUAUUGGCUUAUAAUAAAAAUGAUUAAUAUGACCAAUUGAAAAACAAUUUAAAUAAGAAAUAAGGAAAGAAUAAUUUUUUUGUGAGAAGUGAAAACACUUACGAUUCUAACUAAAAUAAAGAAAUCUAAAAAAAUCUUAAAUUAGAUGUAAAAGGGACAUAAGCCUCUAUUAAUAGCUAUACAUCGUAGAUGAAUUAAUUGACUUAAGAGUUGAAGUAAAUAUUAUCAAGUAAAACUAUAUCAGAUUUACAAAUGAAAUAGAGAAUCUAAUAAUUAGAAUAGUAACAUGAAGAAUUAAGAAAGAAUUUCUUUUCUUUUAGACAAAUGUAAGAGAGCAUUACACAGUUAUUAUAGUUUGAUACUUGCUUAUAAGAUACAUUAAGAUAAUGUAAAACUAAAUGUGAAAGAAAAUAUUGA